GUUGCCACUGCUGUUCUCUGCCUGGGUACCGGUUCUCCGUGUCUCCCGCUCUCCCGCUGGCUGCCCCGUUUUCCUCCCCCAUCAGCGGCGACAGGCAGGAUUCCUCGCUCCGGAGAAGGCGGGCCGGGGGCGGGGCUACGAGCAGAGGGUGCCACCUCCUAACGCGUGCCCUUCGGGCGGGACAGCACGGGUUCCACUUCGUGGCGCAAGUCACUCUGAGGGGUAGCCGUGACACCCAGGUGGCCACGACCGAGGGGCGCUGUUCCUUUACUCUCAGAUGCGGUUGAAGGCCGGUUGAGGCCCCAUUCGGAGAACUCACAGAAGUCGUGUUUGGGCAUCAGGCCGGCUUGGAGGCUGCAGCUUUAGCGGACACCACCGGGUAGAUUCGGCGCCGCGGCCAGUGAGCGUGGGCGAGAUGCGGAGCAGGAGCAAUUCUGGGGUCCGCCUGGACGGGUACGCGAGGCUGGUGCAGCAAACCAUCUUAUGUUACCAGAACCCAGUCACUGGGCUGUUAUCAGCCAGCCAUGACCAGAAGGAUGCCUGGGUACGAGACAACAUCUACAGCAUCCUGGCUGUUUGGGGCCUGGGCAUGGCCUACCGCAAGAAUGCUGACCGUGAUGAGGAUAAAGCAAAGGCCUAUGAGUUGGAACAGAACGUGGUGAAGCUGAUGCGAGGUCUCCUGCAGUGCAUGAUGAGACAGGUGGACAAAGUGGAGAAGUUCAAGCACACUCAGAGCACCAAGGACAGUCUGCACGCCAAGUAUAACACUGCUACUUGCAGUACCGUGGUGGGUGAUGACCAGUGGGGCCACCUCCAGGUGGAUGCCACCUCCCUCUUCCUCCUGUUCCUGGCCCAGAUGACAGCCUCAGGCUUGCGUAUUAUUUUCACCCUCGAUGAAGUGGCCUUCAUACAGAAUCUUGUCUUUUACAUAGAAGCUGCGUAUAAAGUUGCUGAUUAUGGAAUGUGGGAACGUGGAGAUAAGACUAAUCAGGGCAUUCCAGAACUGAACGCCAGCUCUGUGGGAAUGGCCAAGGCAGCACUUGAGGCAAUUGACGAACUCGAUCUUUUUGGAGCCCAUGGAGGACGCAAAUCAGUCAUCCAUGUCCUACCUGAUGAAGUGGAGCACUGCCAGUCAAUUCUUUUCUCCAUGUUGCCACGAGCAUCAACAUCUAAAGAAAUCGAUGCCGGACUUCUUUCUAUUAUUUCUUUCCCGGCCUUUGCAGUAGAAGAUGUGAACCUUGUGAAUGUGACCAAAAAUGAAAUUAUUUCCAAGCUUCAGGGGCGUUAUGGAUGUUGUCGCUUCCUUCGGGAUGGUUAUAAAACCCCAAGAGAGGACCCUCAUCGACUGCAUUAUGACCCUGCUGAACUUAAGCUCUUUGAAAACAUUGAAUGUGAAUGGCCCGUGUUCUGGACUUACUUAAUCAUAGAUGGAAUCUUCAAUGGUGAUGCUGUUCAGGUCCAAGAAUACCGAGAAGCUCUGGAGGGAAUAUUAAUCAGAGGCAAAGAUGGGAUCCACUUGGUGCCAGAACUCUAUGCCAUCCCGCCAGACAAGGUGGAUGAAGAGUACAAGAACCCUCACACGGUAGACCGAAUUCCACUGGGGAAGCUGCCCCAUCUUUGGGGACAGUCCUUGUACAUCCUUAGCUCCCUGCUGGCAGAGGGAUUCCUUGCCACUGGUGAAAUUGAUCCCUUAAAUAGAAGAUUUGCUACUUCAGUCAAACCUGAUGUUGUAGUACAAGUCGCUGUUUUGGCAGAAAACAGUCACAUUAAGGGGCUGUUGCGGCAACAUGGGGUAAAUGUCCAGAGCAUCGCUGAUGUGCAUCCAGUUCGAGUCCAGCCAGGCCGGAUUCUUAGUCACGUAUAUGCCAAACUUGGACGAAAUAAGAAUAUGAAGUUGAGUGGUCGACCAUAUCGCCACAUUGGUGUCCUCGGCACCUCUAAACUCUAUGUGAUUAGGAACCAGAUCUUCACUUUUACACCCCAGUUCACCGACCAGCAUCACUUCUACCUGGCCCUGGACAACGAGAUGAUUGUGGAGAUGCUGAGGAUCGAGCUGGCCUAUCUGUGCACCUGCUGGCGGAUGACCGGCCGCCCCACACUCACCUUCCCUGUCACACACACCAUGCUCACCAAUGAUGGAUCAGACAUUCAUCCUGCAGUUCUUUCUACAAUUAGGAAACUAGAAGAUGGAUAUUUUGGAGGUGCUAGAGUAAAGCUAGGAAACCUGGCAGAGUUCCUCACUACCUCAUUCUAUACGUACCUGACCUUCUUGGAUCCAGACUGUGACGAGAAGUUGUUUGAUGACAUCAGUGAUGGGAGCUUUAGCCCUGACAGCGAGUUAGAACUGGGAGGAUACCUGGAAGACAGCAGCCAUCCAGAAAGCCAAGAUGAACUUGACCAGUAUAUCAACCACCUUCUUCAAAGUACAGCCUUGAAGUGCUACCUGCCUCCUCUUUGUAAGAAGUCAGAAGACAGCCAUGUUUUCAGUGCUAUCCACUCCACUCGGGACAUACUUUCUGUGAUGGCCAAAGCAAAGGGUUUGGAAACUCCAUUUUUUCCAAUGGUUUUGCCAACUAAAGUUCUAAGUGGACACCGUAAGUCACUGAAUCUUGUUGACUCCCCUCAGCCACUCCUAAAGAAGACUCCUGACUAUGACUACCAGUGGCCCGGAGAUGACCAUGGUGAAAUGGACUGUGAGAAGCUAGUUGGGCAGCUGAAAGACUGCUCAAACCUCCAGGACCAAGCAGACAUUCUCUAUAUUCUCUAUGUGAUAAAGGGUCCCAGCUGGGAUACCAAUCUGUCUGGACAGCGUGGAGUCACUGUUCACAGUCUUCUCAGCGAGCUCUAUGGAAAAGCUGGCCUAAACCAAGAAUGGAGUUUGGUCCGCUACAUUUCAGGCCUGCUCAGGAAGAAAGUAGAGGUCCUGGCUGAGGCCUGUGCAGAUCUGCUGUCCCACCAGAAGCAACUUACAGUCGGCCUGCCCCCUGAGCCCCGGGAGAAGACCAUCUCCACGCCUCUUCCCCCAGAGGAGCUCACAAAACUCAUCUACGAGGCCAGUGGACAGGACAUCAGCAUUGCUGUCCUCACACAGGAGAUCGUGGUUUACCUGGCCAUGUAUGUCCGGGCCCAGCCUAGCCUCUUUGCAGAGAUGCUCAGACUCCGGAUUGGAUUGAUCAUCCAGGUGAUGGCCACAGAGUUGGCUCGGAGCUUGAACUGCUCAGGAGAAGAAGCCUCAGAGAGUUUGAUGAACCUCAGCCCCUUCGACAUGAAGAACCUCCUGCAUCAUAUUCUGAGUGGGAAGGAGUUCGGUGUCGAGAGAAGCGAUUAUAGCGGUAUGUGAGCUGAGCGAACUGCACACCUUUGUACCCUGCAUCUCCUGCAUCCCUAAGUGUCUGGAUCACAGGUCUGUCCUUACAAGAUACCCCCUGUGGCCUGGCUUUUGGUUUGCAUCAUCAAAGCAUUUGUAGCCAGGGGGUAGAAGGCAAUGCUGGAUGACCCAUGGCGGCCGGUGCACUCACUGCAGCCCAGUGUUACUCAUUUAGUUUUUAGCCAUCUUGGAAAUCUGCUCGCAGUGCUAAGAAAUCUAAUCACCCAAGUCCUGGUGUGCUUCUUGUUCCCAAAUGUUCCCUAAUUAUAAUUGAAGCAAUUAUCAUUUCUCCUCAUAAAAAAGCUAAAUGAUUUGCAGACACAUUGGUGAAUUUAUUUCAUCAAGCCAAAGAAACACACUGUGGGCUAUCAUUCUUUUUAUUUAAUAAGAAGGACACUGGGUACUUUGUAUUUUUCCUAAGUGUGUGCCAGCUUCAGACAAAGCCGCAUGGGGCAAUCAGCUGUCUAUUCGUGGUUUUCUGCUUUCUGGGGAGGAGGACUUGUGAUCUGUACCCAGAAGUAAUUUACAGUUAUUUCAGGUACACAAUCCUUGAAAUGUAAAUGGAAAGGAUAAAUAGUUAAUGUGUUCGCUUCCUCAUAGUAGUGUACAUGGUUUGACAGGUCAUUAAAUGUAAAGCUAUAUAGAUGCUUGCAAAACCAAUAACUGAGGAAUGUCAUUUGAAUGUCAUAACGUGUCUCAUCGUAAAUAAGGACAGAAGACAUGUUAUCUUUUUUAAACGUAACAUUUCUUCAUUAUCUUGUAACUUGUCUUAGUUAGGGUUUCUAUUGCUGUGAAGAGACACCAUGACCAUGGCAACUCUUAUAAAAGGAAACAUUUAAUUGAGGUGGCAGCUUACAGCUUAGAGGUCCAGUCCAUUAUCAUCCUGUUGGGAAGCAUGGCGGUGAGCAGGCGGACAGAAAUGGUGCUGACUACAUCUUGAUCAGAAGGCAACUGGAAGUGGACUCAGACACUGAGCCAAACUUAAGGAUAUGAAAUCUCAAAGCUCGCCCCCACAGUGACACACUGACUCCAACAAGGCCACACUUAUUCCAACAAGGCCAUGCCUCCUAAUAGUGCCACUCCCUAUGAGCUUAUGGGGACCAAUUACAUUCAAACUAACACAUAAUUGUUCAGUUUUUAUAAGCUAGGAAGCCAAAAUUCUGACUAAAUCCUAAAAUUCUGUUUCCAAAAAACACUUUCCCUCAAACACAGUGGAGCUUCCCACACCCCAUUUGGCUUCUGUUUUCCAUUUCUUUGGUGCCCCUCCUCCUGCUUGACCCAGUUGGGUUCCCUAGAAAAUGACCUUUGUGGUGGGCCUACAAAAGGAACAGUAGAAUGGGAGAAUAUUGUGUGCAGAUGCCCACAGGGGCCCCUAUCAGGAGAUCUUCCUGGGGCACCACAAAGACUGUUUAGGCUUUAUCCUGAAGACAGAUUUAGACCCAGGAGGAUUCCAAGGGAAUAGUAAUAGGAUCACAUUUGCCUUUCAGAAUAAUCCCUUAUGACCAUUGUCUUAGAAACCAGAGAGAGAGAGAGAGAGAGAGAGAGAGAGAGAGAGAGAGAGAGAGAGAGAGAGAGAGAGAGAGAGAGGGAGGAGCUGGGGACAGGUUACUAAGUGCUGAGGCUGAUGGCAUAUGGUAGAAAGAGGUAUGGCCUUGUGUCGUGGAAGGAGCAGCCUUGCCCCUAUUCUAUUGUAGCACCAUGCGCCUGGCUUUGGGAACUUUCCACUGUACCCCUGAGCUCUCUAGCCAGCUCAGCCCCUGCUUCCUCUCAGAGGCCUGGGUUGAGAUCUUCUCCGUGCCCUGAUUUCUGUCCAUCCUGGAUGCUGCUGCAUGCAUACCUGCACCCAAGCCGAGAAAAGGCCUGAUGAGGGUACCACAGCAGUUGGCCGACAGCCACAGGAACCUAAGUUCUAAGCCCUUCAGUUGGCUAUGCAGCAGUUUUGUCAUUUUGCCAGGGACAGUUGGCAUAGAGAGCUUGGCAAGGUCAGUAUGGAUCCUACACGUUAGUCAAGAUGAACUCUUUAGAAAAUCACAGAUAGAAUCAGGUGUGCGCCUCACUCUGAGAUCAGAUGUCAUGCAGUCAUUAGACAUGCGAGAGAAUGCGUGAAGCUGUGGAAGAACACUCACAGAAUAUUAAUUGCUGAAACAAUGAAGCUUGUUUGCAUAUUGUGUAUGGAUAUGUCAUGUAUAUAAUAUAAAGUUUUUCUUUGUACAUAUAUGUGA